CCUCUGUCCUGUCUUUGGUAGCUUGUUUUUGACUGAGUGGAGCAGCGUGGUUGGAAGUUGUCGUGUGGAUUUCCAGUUUCCAAAGAAAAAAAAUACGUUUUUCAAGCAAUGACUGAAUCAGACUCGACGUCCGCUCCUGCGGGCAAAAAUCUGCUCUCCCUGGACCCGGCGCAGGAGACCGCAUUUCGGAAGAAAGUGCAAGAAGUGAAGAAAAGGCGACCAAAAAAGUAUGAGAAAUUGACACCAGGAGUGAUUUACCUGGGCCACAUCCCUCAGGGCUUUUUCGAGCCCCAGAUCCGGAUUUACUUCAGCCAGUUCGGAAGCGUUAAAAGGGUCCGACUGUCGAGGAGCAAAAAGACUGGCCGCAGUAAAGGCUAUGCGUUCGUGGAGUUCGAGUGUGAUGAAGUAGCAAAGAUCGUGGCAGAUACCAUGAACAACUACCUCCUCGCUGAACGGCUCCUCAAAUGUCAUUUUAUCCCCCCUGAGAAGGUGAAUCCAAAGCUUUUCAUUGGAAGUCAAACCCAGUUUAAGAAGCCUUCCUUCCCGGCUGUUAAACGAUACAACAAGAAACGAAGCGUCCAGGAGAGAAGGAAAAUGACAAGCAAGCUUUUACACAAAGAAACACAUUUACGCAAAAGACUGGCACAGAAAGGAAUAGAUUAUGACUUCCCUGGAUUUGCCGCACAGGUACCUAAAAAGAAGGCAGCAGAAGACAUGAAUACAUCCGUCAGCAGACAGGAUCUUACUCCAGUCUGCACACCCAGUGUAAUAGAGCGCAGAAAAUCAAUGAAAAUUGAAGAGGGCGAGGAGGGCAAUGACACUGAAAUCAUCAUUAAAGCCACACCUGCGCCAAAGAAAUCAAAAAACAAAAAGAAAGCAAAGUCAUCCUGAACAAACAAAACAACAUGAAAACGGACUGCUGGCUAGGAAAUGAUCUUUCAGUGAAAUACUAAUUUGGACCCAUUUUCAGCAGCACUCGCUGCUUUUUUUAAACAAACAAAAAGUAAAUCCCUUUGUAUAGAAAUGCUCGACGUUGCCUGACGUGGGGAGGCAGUGGAGAAUGCAAUGUGGGGUUCUGUGCAUUGAGAAAGGGCAGCUGGCUUUAUUCUUGGGUCACCCUGAAAGUGCACUGGACUCUGCAGACAGGGUGUAAAAUACUUCACUUCAAGGUGUAAAAUACUUAAAGUGCAGCAGUGCUCAUUCUGAACAUGAUGGGAGUUCCUGUGAAAGCUAGGUUUGUUUUAGUUUUCUGUCAAAUUCUCUUCUCUUUCUGUGGAGAUGUGAUCUAGGACAUGAGGUGAAUACAGCCUCAAUUGAAGAAUCUUAUUUAAAUAGAAAAACCCAUUUACUUGAAAACGUACCCCUCGCCCACUCCCUGCCUCCCGCUCCGAAAAUGUUGAAAUAACAUCAUUUUGUUACAAUAAAGUGUAUGUAAGGGAA